CCAGGUCACUUUGGCUCAGAACCAAGAACAACGGCAGUACUGACCAGUACUGUUCUCGCUACUAACUUCUGUAGGUUUUUUGAAGAACUACGRCAGUCUAUAUCUAGAAUCAAUUCAACGUACUAUGGUUUCUAAGUCUUCUUCCGGGUUAUACACAUUCUUAGUGUGCAUUGCCACGGCAAGUUUCUUAUUCUUGCAAGUUUCAGGCUCGAUGAACGAUGCAAGCGAUCAAAAAACCGUUCAGUUGUGGCCUGGUGGGAAAAUCCCUUACCUCAUUUCGCCGGCGUUUGGAAGAGGACGUCGUUACAAAAUUCUUGCAGGAAUGAGAGAAUGGGAAAAAGUAACUUGUAUAAAGUUCAAACCUCGCACAAACGAACGAGAUUACGUGAAGUUUGUCCCUUCUUACGAAUGUAGUGCAGAUGUUGGGUAUGAAGGCAACGGCGUACGAAMAAUCAAACUCGGAAGAGGUUGUUUUUAUGGACCCAUCUUGCUUCAUGAGAUUGGACACUUGAUUGGUCUAUGUCAUGAACAUAACAGACCAGACCGUGACAAGUAUAUUAAGGUCUUAUGGCAUAACAUCAUAUCUGCAUACCGUGGUCAUUUCCAAAUCAAUCGUCGAUGGCAUCCAGUGGCCAUGAAGUUUCCCUAUGACUAUUAUUCCAUCAUGCACUUUGGUGACAACGAUUUUGCCCAGGGAGGUAGAACAGCCUUGCGGGCCAAGAACAAACAGAUUCGUCUCAAUUCUGGUAUGAAGAGAAUAUCUGCCUUGGACAGCCUCAAGGUUCGAAGAAUGUAUAAAUGCCUAGAUUUUCCUGAUUUUCCACGUGACUUUCAUUGGUCACAUGACGGGCGUAUGAUCAAUGGCACAACCUGCCUCAAAAUGGACGAGCCACGUGACCCUAACGGCUGGGACAACAACUACUUGUGCUACAAAAACAAAUGCACAAAACCGCUGAACAUCAARUGGUCCCACAGCGGGCCCAUAAACGGAAUGUCCUGCACCAAAAUCACCGACCAAAGGAAGCCCAACUCCACAUCUUGGGACAAUAACUAUCUGUGCGUGCCAUCAAACUCGCCUUACAAAUUUAAAUGGUUGCAAUCAAAGCCGAGCCCUCAAGAUAGAAACCGCUGUAGGCAUCUCAACGAACCACGUGAUCGUGAUUGGGAACGAGGCUACCACUAUUUGUGUGUCUCUUAUCGUGAAACAGAGAAAAUAGAUGGAGGGUGGUCUCCAUGGGGUCCCUGGAGUAACUGUAGCAGAGAAUGUAACGUCGGAUUUAUGUACCGAACCAGAAAAUGUUCAUCUCCCUUCCCAGCUAACGGUGGAAGGUACUGCCUUGGAAGAAGCUUGGAACGGCAAAAGUGUAAUGCUUUCCCAUGUGGAGGUUUUCCUAGAUUCCCAGAAGACUUUUCUUACACGAACACCAUUUUUCCCCCUAAAGGCCAUUGUCUUCGCACGUAUGAUGUUCGUAACCACUUUCAGUGGUUGCAUUACUUUCUCUGCACUUCACAGUCCAAAAAUGACCCUGGUAUCAAAUGGUCAUACUAUCGGCGACAAAUACCUGGCAAGCGUUGUACCAGGAUAUACAACCCUAUUGAGAAUAGGCGCCGAAGAGGAAGCUGGAUGAACAACUACCUCUGUGUUCCCAAGAACUCGCCAUAUCACUUCGAGUGGUCUCUCAAGGGGCCGAUAAAGGGUCUACCUUGCAUGCGAUGGUACGCACAGAAUGGACGCAAGGGAUGGGACAAGACAUACUUAUGUAACAGGAAACCAGUGAUGAAGUGAUGAAGUUGGAAGAACGCCAGUACAGAAAGUGAAUCUCGUUUGAUCCAGAAACACUUCCGUAAAGCUGGCUAUUAUAGUUCAAUUUUAGCAAAAUAUAUUGUCGAAAUAAAGCAGUUGCUUUGGCUCA